GAGGUAAGCGAAGAGAAUUUUCUGUUAUUAAUCUACACCUCCCUCUUGCUGCGUUCUCUCUAGCCGCCAGUUGAAUGUGGCCGCGGGUGCAAGUAGAGGUCUAUUGGGCUACCAUUGAUUGGGACUUGGAGCCCCCUGAACUCAUAGAGGGGGACCUGGUCGAGCUCACGGUCCCCGGGCGCAACAUUCGACACGUUGACGGCCAGUUUGCGUGGAGGUCCAUAAUCUUGUCCGAGGACGUGUGGCUUUGGACGUACAGAGAGCACCGGCCGGGGCAAGGAGUGGGCGUAGUGAGAGCCUACAUGUAUUUGGGACCAAGUGCGGUCAGGGAGACCGUGGUGGGCCUCGCGACGACAGGGACGAAUGACACAGUUAGCAGGGCGUUACGCUACCUAGGGGAAGAGGUAGCUGCCUUCCGAGCGGAGGACUCGAGCGACCUGUUGACCCUAUUUCACGGAUGCCCUCCUCUUGAUAUCACGGGCGAGCUGGUGGUAGCACGGGACGGGUUUUUCCCGUACAGCGUUAGGAGCCUGUGGGCGAUAGUUCCGACGUUCGUAGUAGAGAGCGUCUUUGGAGGUAUUGGUGGAGUGGUCGAGACAUACCUGGCCUAUCAGGAUCUCAAGAUCCUGGGGAGAAGGCUUGCCGACCUAGACUACAUCUAUUAUUCGCUCGCAACCGGUGGGCCUCGUUGGGGAGACGAGAGGGUUCAGCUUAUAGAGCUGAUCCGCUCGAUAGACGACGAGUGGCCCCAGUCUCCGUGCGUUUGGGAUUGGCUAGACCGUGAGCUCCGAGCAGGCCCCGAGUACGUGACCUGCAUCGGGCGGCUCUUCUCAGACGACUGGGAGAGCUGGUGGGGUGAGGGCGUCGGGCGACCUCUGAUAUACGGCCAUCAGUUGGCGCAAUACUACCAGGGUAUAGGACAAGCGCCAUACCGCGUCGAGGACGAGUUUGACGACGAGGGUUGGGAGCGAGAGGAUGACGAGGACGCUUGGGAGCCAGACUGGGUCGACCGAGAGAGUGAGGUUGACGAGGAUGAGAUUGACGUCCGGGCUGCAGCGACUGUUAUAGGGUCGGGCUGUAACAGUUGGCAAGAGUACCUAACUGCGUCUUCUGGCAUUCCAAUGGAACCCGACACAAUGGGGCCACAACCGACCACGGGCGAAGCGGGAGAGGAGUACAGGACAUCGCCCGAUCGAGCUCUGAGGGAUCUGAAGGAACGAAUUAGGCAAGAAGCACCGCUGAGAUGGGCUGACCAAACCAAUGACGGAGGGCCCGACGUAAGAGGCGAAGCAGUUGCGACAGAGCCGCAGGAGGCUCUAAAGACGGGUACCUCGAGCGGACAACGAGAAGCGACGAGGCAACGCUCCCCCGUGUAUGAGCGGAGGGACACCAUAGCGGACAGGCGCAGAGACGACUGGAGAGAGAGUUUGAGGGAUUCCUAUUGGAGGGACAGAGACAGAGACAGGGCGCCGCCCAGGCGAGUCUUCGACCCCCAGACAGGGGAGUCACAUCCGCUCCCUUACGAGAGCAAGGAUCGCUAUAUUAUUACGCACAAGGCCUCAGAGCCUCCUACCUUCAGGGGCUAUGGUAUCACACAAUAUCUGGAGAAGUGGGAGYUUCACGCCAGCCGGAGUCAGUGGUCGGAGGAAGAGAUUAUAGAGAACUUCCUAUUUAAUGUGGACCCAAGUCUCGGUAGGGAAGUCAAGGAAGCUCGACCGAAGGAUGGGAAAUGGACUACGUACAAGAAGAACCUCGUUGAGYUUUACAAAUUGGAGGAUAACAAGUAUUCCAUCAAGGACCUUGAAACAAUGACUCAAGAUGAAAAUGAGAGCGUACRGGCAUUUGGGAUGCGUUUCCAAAAGAUCUCCGACGUGCUGAUGAAGAAGGGGAAGAUCUCAGAGGUCGAGCGUUGUACUAUCUUCAUCGGACACUUAUCCAAAGGUAGGCAAAAGAAUACACUUAGAGAUCUUCCGCGCGACAGGCUUGAGUUCCCAGAAGUCCUAAAGCUCGCGAUAAAGGCAGAGGCAGACGAUUACAAGGACUUGGUGUGGAGAGGGAUGAGGAGACGUGACUUCUCUCUCUACAAGGAGUAUGCCACUGAUAAAUGUCCUCAUUUCAAGGACUAUCCCUGGUCGGAGAAGAAUGAGGCCGUGGCUGAGGAAGUGACGGAGGUACGGGACAUGGUGAAGGGAUUGACGAGACAGGUUACAGAGAUUGUGACCACUACAGGGGCCACGGCCUACCGGGACAAACCUGGAGGGCCCUAUCGGGACCACCGGAAUGAUUCGCGAAGGCAGUAUGAGCAAGGAGGGUCUGGAGGAGACCGCCGCAACGAUUCGCGCGGUCGGAAUGAGAGAGGUGGAUAUGGCGUCUCAUUAGAACCAUAUCCCAAGUCGCCUAACCCCAAGGCAGCCAGGAGUUCGAUCUCGAGAAGCGCAGACGACAGGCCAUCUACUCCCAGGAACUCAUGCGUYUACUGUAGAGGAGAAGAUCAUAUCAAGAGGGAUUGCCCGGACCUCAAACGGGCAAUAGAUGAGGGACUUGUCGUGCUUGACGACCGCAAGUACGUCAAGUGGGCAGAUGGUCUGGUAGAUGUAUCGAUGUUCCCUUCGAUGAAGCAGAAUGUCGAAGCGAGGAGAGUAAAGCCGAGUAAAGAAAAGGAGCCGGUUAGGAGCCAGAGCAUCAAGAUAACCUUUGAGGGGGAUAUGGCGACCANCGAAGCGAGGAGAGUAAAGCCGAGUAAAGAAAAGGAGCCGGUUAGGAGCCAGAGCAUCAAGAUAACCUUUGAGGGGGAUAUGGCGACCACACCCAUAAGGGUGGCAGCCACCAAGUCGGCGAGAGGGUCUACAUCGAAGAAGACUGACACGGAUUACGUGAUGACGGAGAAGGACGGGCAGCGGGUCGAUGGAGAGGAGGUUAUCCUUUCGUCGCGAAAGAGGGGAGUGAAGAAGUUCUUAAUGAAGAGUUCGUUGGACGAGAUUGACACGGUCGAGCCACUGAGGCGGGCCCUUCAGCAACCCAUGCAAUGCUCUAUUCUGGAGUACCUGGCGGCAUCGAAGCCGGCUCAUGAUGAGUUACAAAUGAUCACGCGGAAGACUCGCAUACCUCUAUCGGAGGAGGGUCAAUGGCCCCCUAAGGCGGAAGCUCCUACAGUAGCAGUAACGGGGGUGACUGCCAGAGCGGAUCGCAUGGCGACAGUCCUUCUUGAUGGAAUGGAAGGUGUGCCUCCAGACAAGCUUUAUAUACUUGGUAGCGGGGCCGAGGAGACGAUUAUAAACGAUGGAGCGAUACUCGAUGCUGUGAUCCAUAACGGCAGUGAGGCUGUCAUCAUAGACGAGGACCUGGCAAUACAGGUUGGACUGGGCCUCGAUAGGUCAUACCUAUUUGAGAUAGAGACGGCUGAUGGGAGAAAGCAACAGAUCACUGGGGUUUGUUACAAGGCAGCCAUUGAGGUCCAAAGGGUACGAGUGACCCUGCCUGUCUUUGCAGUCAAGAAUUGCAACUCUGACCUGCUCUUGGGUCGAACGUGGCUGAGCCACGUGCAUGCGGUGACGACAGAGCGACCUGAUGGGAGCCAAACAUUGUCCAUUAGGAAGCCAGUCGGGACGCGGGUAAUGAUUGAGACAGUGGAGCCUCGGGACCCGAGGAACAUAGCAGCUCUCGCUGUGGGUGCGAGACCCAGUGAACAGAUUAAGUCGUUACCUAUCUCCGGCCACGCGGUGCGAUUUCACGAGAAGAAAUAUGGACCACUGCUCACAGAGGAAGAAGGUCGGAUCGUGGAGGUGGAAGAUUUAGGGAGUCGGCUAAUAGUGGACGGCAACUCGUACCCAACGAAAAAGAUGAGGAAUUUGGCGGUGUGGUAUCCGGAUGAGACAGAGGUUGUACCUGGAGUUAGAAGAUUCGUCGAGCAGCACCUAACAGAUAUUUGCGCGGUACUCGAGCAGCUGGACGAUGCGAAUUUAACAGUCAGCGGAACAAAGAGCCGAUGGGCCGUCUCGACUAUUAAGAUUUUGGGCUUUAUCUGUGACUCGAGAGGACGCCGAGCAGAUCCGGCGAAGUUAGACAAACUUCUGAACUGGCCGUCACCAUUACAAAGCCCAACCGAGGUCCGGCAGUUUCUAGGAGUGGUCUGUUACUGGCGUAUAUUCAUACGGGGGUAUGCGAAGAAGGCUGAGCCAUUGAGGUUACUCCUUCGAAAGGCUAAAAAAUUCUACUGGGAUUCUUCGCAGGAACUUGCUAUGCAAGAACUUAAAGACGAAUUUAAGGAGGGAGGACGCGUGUUCGGCGUGCCAUUCUUUGACGAUGAGACCGAGAGACCCUUCAUAGUAUCCACAGAUGCUGGACCAUGUUCAGUAGGUGGUUUGCUGUCUCAGAAGGACGCUGGAGGGAAGGAAAGACCGUUAAGAUUUGACAGUAUGACACUUAAUACGGUUGAGCGUAACUACAGUCAAUUCAAGAAGGAAGUGUUAGCCGUUCUCCGGUGUCUAGACACGUUCAGACACUAUAUCUAUGGGCGACGGUUCAUCUUGAGAGUAGACCCCACCGCGGUUGCCUCUGUUCUCCAGAAGGACUUUAGUCUGACGGACCCGACCAUCGCCCGAUGGUUAAUACGGAUUCGGCUAUACGAUUACACGGUUGAGAGGAUAUUUGGCACUAAAAAUGCCGUGGCAGAUGGACUUUCGCGCAUCCCUCUUGAGGCCGAGCGCCCGAUAGUAGUUGGGGCCCUGACUAUGGCAGAGCCAGAACUCACCGAGCGUUUUCUGGUUAACCUUUACGAGGGCAAAUACCGAAUGAUCGGGCUCUAUUUGGCAGGAAAGGAGAGUCAAGAAUCAAAUAUCCGGAGACAAGCGGCCCAGUACUGCCUUAGAGCUGGCCAUCUGUUUCGAAGGCUGAGCGGCUCGGGGGAUGCCCUUACGAGUAGUCUGUGACCCUGAGGAGAGACAGACAAUAGUUGCGGAGCUUCACGACGGGGUAGUCGGAGAACACAUGGGAGUCA